UAAGAAAAAAAAACAAAAUAAAAUGAGACACAGACACAGACACGUGUAUGUAUAUAUGAAAAAAAUAUGAAGUAAAAGCAUACAAACACUUUGCUCUUAGAUUCCUCUCCUAUAUUGACCUCUCACUUCUUCCAUCUUUUCUCUCUUCUUCACUGCCAAACUCCAUAGUCUCACACUGCAAACAAAGGAAAAAUGUCGAAAGACAAAGAUUCGAAUGAUCCGAGACGUGCAGCAUGCACAGCCAUCACCAUCUUCCUCCUCUUAGCAGGUGUUACUCUUCUCGUGCUCUGGCUGGUCUACCGUCCCCACAAGCCCCGCUUCACGGUGAUCGGAGCCGCCAUCUACGGCCUCAACGCCACCACCCCACCGCUCAUGUCGACCACCAUGCAAUUUUCAGUCCUCAUAAAGAACCCCAACAGGCGCGUCUCCAUUUACUACGACAGGUUAUCAGCCUUCGUCUCCUACAGGAACCAGGCCAUAACGCCACAGGUCCUGCUGCCGCCGCUGCACCAGGGUAAACACACCGCGGUAUCGGUGUCUCCGGUGAUCGGAGGCACCGCGAUUCCGGUGUCGGUGGAGGUGUCAAACGGGUUGGUGGUGGACGAGGCUUAUGGGGUGGUGGGUCUGAGGCUCAUAUUUCAGGGCAGGGUGAGGUGGAAAGCUGGUGCCAUCAAAACUGCGCACUAUGGACUGUAUGUGAAGUGCGAUGUGUUGAUGGGUUUGAAGAAAGGUUUGGUGGGUCCAGUUCCUCUCCUCGGAGUUACACCCUGCGAUGUCGACGUAUGAUGGUUUUUUUUUUCUGUCUUCAAUUCAGUGUAAUAAUGUGCAACUCUAUUUUUUUUAUUCCCUUCGAAACCAGAAAAGUUAUGUAUAGGGGUUAGUUUUUUUGCAAAUUCAGUGUGUUAGAAAAGGUAAAAGUGAAAGAAUUUCCCAAGUUGCAGUGUACGAGGUUAUGUUUUUAUUAAUUUAGAGGAACCAGGAUGACAACGUGUUUCUUCUCUUGCUUCUCAAA